UCAAACGAGUGGCAGACAUUUUCUAGUCGUGCAAGGGAAGGCAGCCUGUGCCUCUGCCAAUCAGAGAAGGUCUGGGGAUCGAGAUUGGGCGAGGGAGGGGCAGAGCUUGGUGGGGAACGCUUGAAUUUGUCUGUAAUUGCUGCACCCUCUGACCUACCUCUUCCUUUUGAGCCUGGUCGCAGAGAUUCACUUCUGUAGUAGUAGGCUGAUGAAUUGGGUGAAGCAACUCCUUGAUGAAGGUGACCACCUGACUCUGCUGCAGUUGCAGCCCUCCGGUUUGGCCAAUGGGAAUACGGGCAAGAGGGAAUUCAUGAAGUCAGAGGGCACGAAAGAGUCACACAGUGAUCAAGAAGGUGGUGGAGAUGAAGAUCACUCGAAUGGGCGAACAGACCCCCUCAGUAAGCUCACAGAACUGAACGGGACCUAUAAAAACACAGACACAAAGCGAAGCGAGCAGGACCUCUCUACGCAAGGGUCACCAGCCCGAUCUUCAGUUAUGGAGAAUGAACUUUUAGCGAGCGAGUUGCCCCAUGGCUCUACGGUGGGCAGUAAUGGAUAUAUUUUAAGCAAACAGCAGGAGGACACAGUCUCUACCCCACACAGGACUAACUGGUCCCCCAUUGGGGGUUCCACGUUGGGGCAAGGGACUAAAAACUCUCUUUCUGCAACAUCCACAAUGCGAUCCCCUGAACAGGGCUCUCCGAACAUUGACACAAGCCUAGGACCAAUCCCAAAUGAGAGAAGAGCUGAAAUAGAAACUAAAAAUGGCAUAGCGCCAAACACGCCCCCGCCCGUAACGAUACACCGUGCACGCAAAACGAUGUCAAGGCCAGCCUCGAACCAGACACUAAAGUUUUUAAAUAGGGAAAAUAAAGAGCCAAUCAUGGUGAAAGAUGACAGUGUGGACAAACCAGAGGCAGUGCAGCCAUCUCCAAUCCAGAAUCAGCUACCUCAAAGCCAAACUGAUGCCACAUCUGUACUGACGACCACACCAGCCAAGGCACAAACAGUAGCAUCCAUGUCAAGGAAGAAAAAGAGAAAGAUGGGAACAUACAGCCUUUCCCCCAAGAAGAAAAACAAAGUCUUAAAGCAACGCACAGUUUUGGAAAUGUUUCAACGUAUCUCGCAGUCUACACCCAACCCUCAGCCAAAAGAUGUAGUGCAUGUAAAUGGAGAAAGAAUGGAGAACGAGUCUGAUGAUGAGGAAUCAGAGGAAGGAGAUGACAUGGAGGAUGAGGUGUCCACAGAAGAUGGAGCCAAAAGUUCUCAGGAUGAAUCCAAUAUGGCUUCGGUUUCUCAGCAGGGUCUUGAGGAAGAACAGGAGUCUGAGGAGGAGUCACAGGAAGGUGAAGAGGAAGGGGAUGAAUCGGACUUGAGUUCAGAGUCAAGCUUGAAGAAGAAAUGGAAAAAGAAGAUCAAGGGAGAUCACGCCUGGCUACGACCAUCAAGAAAGCGAAAGAGGAAAUUGAAAGCAAGGACUGAAGGACUGUCUGGUAUGGAGACCCAGUCGCAAUCAGAGAGCCAGUGCCCACCAUCAGCACCUUCUGAUCACAGAAAGGAGUAUAAAGAAGUACCACUAGAUUCGCUUAACUUGCCAGCACAGGAGGCCUUAAUGACAUCUCAAAACACAGGGCCAGCGGAGAGCACAGAUGCUGAUAUGGUACAGGAACUUCCUCUUUGCAGCUGUCGAAUGGAGACACCCAAGAGCAGAGAGAUCCUCACGCUGGCGGACAGAAAGUGCAUGGCGACAGAGAGCGUCGAUGGCCAGCUGAGUCGAUGUCAGAGCGCAGUGCUGAAGCACGAGAUGAUGAGGCCUUCAAACUCGGUCCAACUGCUGGUUUUGUGUGAGGACCAUCGCACAGGCAUGGUCAAACAUCAGUGCUGUCCAGGAUGUGGCUACUUUUGCAGAGCAGGUACCUUCAUGGAGUGCCAGCCAGAAGUAAACAUCUCCCAUCGUUUUCAUCGUGCCUGUGCCUCAGUUCUGAACGGUCAAAGCUUUUGUCCACAUUGUGGAGAGGAGGUCAGCAAAGCCAAAGAGGUCACCAUUGCCAAGGCUGAUACGACCUCCACCGUGCCUCUCACCACCCAAGGUCCAUCGACCCCCAGCACUUCCGAAGGCAAAGCGGACACCACAACAGGAGGGUCCACUCGGCUGUCUGUUCUUGGGGACGGAAGUGCAGACAGCUCCUUAUCCAAACCGCCAGAGUCACUUGAAACAUCUGUGUCACCUGUGGGCUCCAAAUCAGGGACAGUGGGAGUAGGAACUUCUACUGGACCUCUAACAGGACCUCCUAAAGAAACUCUGGAAAGUGUCCUGCUGGCUCUAGAUGCUGAGAAACCCAAGAAACUUCGGUUUCAUCCAAAACAGCUAUACAUUUCUGCCAAACAAGGUGAACUGCAGAAGGUUCUUUUGAUGCUGGUGGAUGGGAUAGACCCUAACUUUAAAAUGGAGAGUCAAAGCAAACGUACACCGCUCCAUGGAGCAGCCGAGGCAGGUCAUGAGGAAGUGUGCCACAUGUUGGUUCAGGCUGGUGCAAACCUCGACAUUUGUGACGAGGACCAACGAACCCCUCUGAUGGAGGCUUGCGAGAACAACCACCUAGACACAGUACGCUACUUGCUGCGGGCUGGUGCUAUCGUAUCUCACAAGGAUGUUGAAGGUUCAACCUGCCUUCAUCUUGCUGCUAAGAAUGGCCAUUUUGCCAUUGUUCAACAUCUGCUAUCCACAGGCCUCAUAGAUAUUAACUGUCAGGAUGAUGGCGGCUGGACAGCAAUGAUUUGGGCCACUGAAUACAAACAUGUAGACCAAGUCAAACUACUGCUCUCCAAAGGCGCCGAUGUCAGCAUUCGAGACAAGGAGGAAAAUAUCUGCCUGCACUGGGCAGCAUUUUCUGGCUGCGUGGAGAUCGCAGAGAUCCUCCUGGAAGCGAAGUGUGAUGUCAAUGUCAUCAACAUCCACGGAGACUCACCGCUGCACAUAGCAGCACGGGAGAACCGACAUGAGUGUGUUAGCACGUUUCUGUCACGGGGGGCUGACGCAAGUCGGAAAAACAAGGAGGGAGAUACACCCAUGCAGUGUUGUAGCCAAGGUUCGAAGGUUUGGAGCGUCCUACAAGCCAGCAAGAAGCAAAGAGAAGCUAACAGCAGCCAGAGAGUCCCAGCAGGGAAAGUUCUAAACAGGGAUAUCGCAAGAGGCUACGAGAAAGUUCCUGUUCCAUGCGUGAAUGGGGUGGACAGCGAACCUUAUCCUGACAACUACAAAUAUAUCCCUGAUAGCUGUGUGACAUCCCCAAUGAACAUUGACAAAAACAUCACUCACUUACAGUACUGUGUCUGUAAAGAUGACUGCUCUUCAGCCAAUUGCAUGUGUGGCCAACUCAGCCUGCGCUGCUGGUAUGAUAAAGAGAGCCGUCUACUGCCUGAGUUCUGCAGGGAGGAGCCGCCCCUCAUCUUUGAGUGUAACCAUGCCUGCUCCUGCUGGAGAACCUGCAAGAACCGUGUAGUGCAGAACGGACUGAGGGUAAGACUGCAGUUGUUUAGGACACAACUGAUGGGAUGGGGUGUGAAAACAUUGCAGGAUAUCCCGCAAGGGACAUUCGUUUGCGAAUACGUUGGUGAGAUCAUCUCUGACGCAGAGGCAGAUCUCAGGGAGAACGACUCUUAUCUUUUCAGUCUGGACAGCAAGGUUGGUGAUAUGUACUGUGUCGAUGCCCGUUUCUAUGGUAACAUCAGCCGCUUCAUAAACCAUCACUGUGAACCGAAUCUGUUCCCCUGUCGAGUGUUCACCUCACACCAGGACCUGAGGUUUCCUCACAUCGCCUUCUUCGCCAGCAAGAACAUUAAUGCCGGAGAUGAACUAGGGUUUGAUUACGGUGAUCACUUCUGGGACGUAAAGGGAAAAUUGUUCAGCUGCCAGUGUGGUUCAUCCAAGUGUAAACACUCAGCAGCCGUCAUCGCCCAGAGACAGGCGGACAGCACGCCCGGCGACCAGCAGCCCAGCGCCCUGCCCGAUACCAGUUCAUCUACCCCAUCGAGCCCCAGCUAGACUCCCCCAAACUUUAUCAUCUCUAGCAUCUGAUAUCUGGUUCUGUACUUUCUACCGGCCUCUCACCUACCAUCACCAGCAUGGGCACACCUUUGACAUCACUAACAGUGCCCAACAAAGAAUUAUCUCAAUCAAGCCUGGGCUGCUUGUGCUAUGCCGUUUGGACAACCUGCGAUUCAGGAGUAAAAAUGUUCAGCGAUUGCAUUGAAAAUGUUCCUGGUGUACAGAAGGUGAGAUCUGCACUUAUGGGCUGGACUUAAAGUGUUUCAUUUCAUCUGCAUAAUAGUAAACUUGGAAAAUGGAUCCGUUCUCCCAAAAUUAAGGCAGUGUUGGGGCCACUGCCUGAGUCUGGCACGUUGAUUUUGUUAGCGCACAAUUCAUUAUGUUUUACGAUUUCUGACGUUUUCUUGUAUAUUUCUCUUUAUCUUUCCAGACUUGCUUUUAUCGUAGUGGUAAAGAAAAGAUCUGAAAGUUUCCGAAUGAAUUUGUUGUAAUGAUCCUUCAACUCUUCGCACAUUAUCUUGCUGCCGUUUGUAGUUUUUAUACAUUUACAGAAAAUGGAUCAUGAUAUGAUAUUGAAAGACUGACCAUGUGCUUCCCAAUACAGAUGCGUUCUCAUUACAACUUACAAACGUUCAUAUAUGGAGCUGUAUUAAUAUCACACAGUAUAUAGGCUUCUGUAUGUGGACACAUGCUGUCCCCUGAUUGGCUCACAGACGCAUGGCGUCAUGCCAAUGCUACCAAAAUAUAUUAAGAUGUCACACCUGCACAUUUUCGGCCUGUUUCUCCAAGUUUAUAAACUCCAGACUUGGACUAAAGAUGCUAAAAAAGAAUUCCUGGACAGACUUAAACUAAAUCUAUAUCUUGAAAGAAGACCUGUGGUUCGUUUCUUGCAUGUUACAGGUGUGGAAAUACGAAUUACCUGCAUCAUCAUCUUCAUCAUCACUGCAAAAGAAAUAAUUGUAAGAUAUUUCUGUACGUACUUUCGGUUACAAUGUGUUCACAUGCUUUAGGAAUAAGUAUGGAAAAUGUAGUUCUGGUUGAAUGAAAUGCGAUCACGGAUAGGAAAAUGCAAAUGGUGCUGAAAAAAGGUUUUUGUUAUGUUUAUUUUUUUAAUACUCACUAAGUGAAUACAAGUUGUAAAAUACAAUGACGCGUUUCAUUUUUCAUUCAUUUGUAUUUUUAAAUUUAUCUCUGUUUUCUUACUAUAGUUGACAUUUAGCCUGUAUUAAGUUUGCUUCAUACGUUCGUUGAUGGUGAAGCUUUUACUGUCUUUUUAAAUGUCAAUAGCGUAGUCACGUGCUUUGUGCAAAACAAGACGUAUAGACGCACAAAACUGCAAAACGGAGAAAACGACAAAAAAGUAAAAACUGUAACAUAUUUCUGGACAGUGAAACAUGAUGCACAAUCCAACCGGUUGUGUUUUUCUUUUUCAAUAAAUUUACUACUAAUAAAACCAUCUCUGUU